AUGACCACUGCCUUACGUCGUGAGCGCCUACCAUGGCUAGGGCCGUGCCAGCUUCACGAGCAUCGACGGUGCAUGGAGAAGAUGACGUGGCACGUCAACGCUCCCCUCUGGAUGUGCCACAUCGUCCACACGGCAACGACACAUGCUGUCAUCGCCGUCCACAAUAGUGCAGGUGAGCACAUCACGGCCCGCCAUCGUAACGCCCGCCAACCACUGCCACGUCACCGCCUCGCCCACUGCCACAUUGGGCGAUGA